AUGACAGUUCCUUAUGCUGAUGCAAGAUCUCUUCCAUUAUUUCAGAAACCGGAUUUUCCUGUACUCGUUGAAGAGGAUCCUAUUAAAACAUUCACUUUAAAACUUAAUGAAACCGUCGGAUUAUAUGAUUUUCCAUCGGUAGUUCUUAAUCUUGCAACUCCGAUACAAAUGACUAUUACCGAAAUACUUGAUGAAAGACAUGGGCUUUUGGGAUUGGUUAAAGAUUAUACUGGAAUUAAAAAUUCAAAAGAUCCAAUAGAAGAAAAAGACGUUUCAUGGGAUGGACUUAUUUAUAAUCUUGGUAACAAAGUAGAACCAGGACCUUUGGCGUUUGAGCUGCAAGUUAAUCCUUGUUUGCAGCAACUGUCACCGCAAGGUGGAUCAUCAACUUCGCAAGGGGUGCCGGGGCACUCGUUUUGUUCAUCACAUGGUACGUUGGUAGGAGGACACACGCAAGUAUCGUCGGCUUGCCUUUUAAAUAAUGUUCCAACCAUUGCUCUUGUUCUUGGACUAGGACUUGCAAAAGCGAAGCCUAGAUUAAUGCUAAUUUCUACAAAUUUCAUGAUAGGACUCACAAAUAUCGAGAAUGAAAAAGAGCAUUCUAAUAAGCAAAUCAAAAUUCGUGUAUUAUGGUAUGGGAUCUAUAAAUGGCGGAACAUUCAAUUGGAUCUUCAAUGA